AUGCAGAUUGCUUCUACAAACAUUUGUGAAAGACUGUGCAAUAAGUCCAUCCAUGAAAUUUCCUCACUACUAAAUAUUCCACAGUCAACUGUUAGUGGUAUUAUAACAAAGUGGAAGCAGCUGCAAACAACAGCAAUUCAUCCACCAAGUGGUAGGCCACGUAAAAAUGACAGAGCGGGGUCAGCGCAUGCUGAAGUGCACAGUGUGCAGAAGUCGCCAACUUUGCAGAGUCAAUAGCUAAAGACCUCCAAACGUUGUGUGACCUUCAGAUUAGCACAACAGUGCAUAGAAAGCGUCAUGGAAUGGGUUUCCAUGGCCAAUCGUCCAAGCCUUACAUCACCAAGUGCAAUGCAAAGGGUUGGAUGCAGUGGUGUAAAGCAACCCACCACUGGACUCUAG